UAAAAUAAAAUAAAUGCAAUAUGUCGAAAUACUACACGUAGAAUGUACAGUACCUUGUAUCUCUCUUUUUCUUUUUUUUUUAUCUCUCAAAUGUGAGCUCUUUUCUGCUAUCCUGUUCUAGGAAGCAGGGGCGGACUGACCAUUUGGAAACUCGGGCACUGCCCGGGGGCCCGGGGUCAGUAGGGGGCCCCAUGAGAUGCCCCUGGUACCUUUUUCAUAGGCUUUUUCGAGUUUGGGCAAGGGCACAGGGGCCCCAUGAUCCCCUAUUGCCCAGGGGCCCCAUGAGUUGUCAGUCCGCCCCUGGUCAGAAGUAUGAG